AACCCAAUCAAUCCGCCAAAGCACUCACAUGAUAAUGGUAAAUUCAUAGGGAAAGUCUGUAAUACCGACUGUCAGCAAAGCUUAGAAAAUUUUACUAAAAUGGUCAUUCGUAUAAAAUGUAAUUCUGAAGAAUUGGCGUUCGUAGUUUGAAUAUUUCGGAAGUAUUGGAUUUCUGAAAUAUUGUCAUUCUAAAUAUUGUUAAUUCUUUAUUACGAAAGAAUGAAUAUUGUAAAUUCUGAGUAUGUGUUGAUAUAAAGAUUAGAGAUUCGAUGUUUUUGACAAGGUGAUAAUUUGUCAUUCUGAAUUAUGAACCAUCUUUAUUUUUUACAUUCCUAACUGUGAGUUUCUAAAGUUGGUAUACUUCUGAAAUUUUUACUUUUGACGGUGUGCCUGCAAGCCGCUGAAAACCACAAAAAUGUCUGACUGUUUACAUUUUUAAUUCGCGUCUUCGUAAAAUUAAUUUGAAGGUCAAAACAAUUAAAAUGUUGCAAGCAAAUUUGAAUUAUUUGUCAAAUUUUUUAAACAUUCCUUUAGAUGAACUCAGAAAGAUUGAGAAUCCUGAACAAAGUGUAAUUGUUACUUCAAUUAUAGAUGUUUUUCCAUCGACACCCGAAGAGAAUCCACCGGUUACCCGAGAAUGGGAUGAAUAUCAAAACGAAAUUCAAAGUCUCGAAUAUAUUUGCCAGGAUUGCUUUUGUUCCUUCAGUUCAGCAGAGCAACAUCAACAACACGUACUGUCUGGUCAUGCGAACAUAAAUGUUCUGAACAAUGAAGAGCAGGAAUUAGAAGCCGAAAAUUUUAUCCCGACUGUUCGCAACGAGGAUCCAACUCAUAACUCAGUAACAGAAAACUCUCAUGAUGUAAAGGGUCACAAUCAUCAUCGACCUUCGAAAUCUCUUGAAAACUCUAAAGAGGAAUGUCCGAUCUGUAAAAAAAAAUUUUCCAGUAAACAAUAUUUGGCAAAACACAAGAAAACCCACAAAAAAGAUAAUUAUUACUACUGUCAUAUCUGUCUUUAUAAGACAAAAAAAAUUCGAAACUUUGAAAGUCACAUCAACAAGCACUUGGAUAAUGAAUUUUAUAUAUGCCACCAUUGUGGUAGGUCAUAUAAAAUCAAAGAAUCAUUAGAAAUCCACUUGACUUAUGGGCAUGGCCUCCGGAUUCAGUCGAUUGAUAGUCAGGAGAAUCAAGAGAAUCGUGUUGGUAAAAAGCCGAAGGAUUCACUCGGCCAGAAAAAAUUACCGAACGCUAAAAGAUUAAAACUUGACGCGAAGCAUAACGAAAUAACUCAUCAAUGUGAUGUGUGUCUUCGUAUGACAACUUUACAACCUAACUUUGGUAGGGACAUGAAGAAAGACGUAAAUGAUAAAUUAUAUAUAUGCUGUCACUGUGGAAGCCCAUUAAGAAAAAAAUUAUUAGAAAAUAAUUUGGAAUUUCGUCAUGAUCCGAAAUAUGAUUCAAAAAGUUUUAUAAAUAAUAAGUUCAUGUGUUUAUGUUGCGAAAAAACAUUUACGGAUUCUAAAAGUUUGAAUCGUCACAAAGCGACGUAUAAGAAAGGAGGUAAUUAUCAUUGCAAUAUAUGUCUUCAUGCGACAGCUUUACUACGUAAUUUUGAUAAACACCUAGUGAGACACUUUAACGAUAAAUUUUAUAUCUGCUAUCACUGUGGGAGGCCAUUUAGAAAAAAAAUAUUAUUAGAAAAUCACUUAAAAUUUCGUCAUGAUCCGAAAUUACCAUUCGUUAAUCAUCGUGAGUCAACAAGUUUUACAAAUAAAAAGUUCAUGUGUUUAUUUUGCAAUGAAAAAUUUAAAGAUUCUAAAAGUUUAUGUCUUCACAAAGUGACACAUAAAAAAGGAGACAAUUAUCAUUGCAAUAUAUGUCUUUAUAAGAUAACUAGAUUACAAAACUUUGAUAGGCAUGUGGAGAAACACUUUAAUGAUGAAUUAUGUUCAUGCUAUCAUUGCGGAAAGUCAUUUAAAGAAAAAAAGAGAUUAGAACAUCAUUUGGAUUCUCAUCGUGAUCCUAAUUCUCAAUUAAUUAAACAUCAUAGUACAAUAAAUUCUAGAAAUUAAAGUGCUGCUGUGUAAAUUUUGCCUUAUAAAACUUCAAGACGUCAAUGUUUGGAGCAACACAACGAAACUCAUAAUAAGGGAAAUAAUUAUCACUGCAAUGCAUGUGUUUAUGAGAUGGAGAAUACUCGAGACUUUGGAAAUGACACCAACAAGCUAUGAACGAUAGAUUACUUUAUUUUGAAUGAUGACAAAAAUAUAACUAAGAUUAUAUUUAAAUUUCUACUCGCAAACAUGUAGUUUUUUUUUUCUAAUAAACAUAUUUUUCAUUACUAUUAAUUUCAUUGUUCGAUUUUCCUACUUUUAUGUUUGUCUUCGCAUAGAAUUAAUUUUAUGUCAAGAGGUACAGACUAGUUUUAAUUUUUAAUACUUCUUUGGUAUCUAUGUAUAUAAAUUAAGUCAACAUGCAUCAAA